AUGAUUACAGGUGAAAAACCGCAUCCAGGUAAAUAUUUUUAUCGGCGUAAGGUGAGUUAAACAGCAUCGGACAUAAUGAGCACUAGUGGUGAAAUGAGCCCACAAGACCUGUCGCCAUCAGGUGGAGGAGGAAGUAUUGACAUAAACAUGGAAAAUAAUAAACAUCUAAACAAUGACCACGUGAAAAGACCGAUGAAUGCUUUUAUGGUGUGGUCAAGAGGCCAAAGACGAAAAAUGGCACAAGAAAAUCCCAAAAUGCACAACUCUGAAAUCAGUAAGCGGUUAGGAGCGGAAUGGAAACUACUCUCCGAGGAGGACAAACGGCCAUUUAUUGAUGAAGCCAAACGAUUACGGGCUCUUCAUAUGAAGGAACAUCCAGAAUACAAAUAUAGACCCAGAAGGAAACCAAAAUCCCUUCUUAAAAAGGACAAAUACGCUUUCCCAAUUCCGAUGUUAGGAGGCUUUGGGCCGUCUCUAGGGACCAUGCCUCCGGGUUUCGGACCCAUGACAAGCCAAGCAGAGGGAAUGAUGGGGAGCGCAGCUUCGUUUAGUUUAAGUGAAAAAAUGAGAGCAUUUCUACCACCUUCGUCAACACAUGGAUUUUAUCCUCAUCUUGAUAGUGCAGGAAAGUUGGACAGUUCUUCAAUAGGUGCACUUCGUUCUCAAGAAUUACCCAGUAUGUAUGGUUCGCCCUAUCUUCCUUCUCACUCCUCGGCAUCAGCCUUGAGUGGACUACCCCCGGCCGCACAUUCUCACCCUGGACAGUAUCUGGUGCCCUGUUGUCCCCCGGGCUACUUACCCUCGCAGGACGUACAUAGACCAGUUGCUUAUGUAUUAGUGAAACCAGAAGAUCACUAUCGGCACCCAGCUGUGAUGUAA